GUAUGGACCUAAUCUGUUUGUUACUCUCCAGAACUACAAAAGCACAGUGGAAAGAGCCCAGUGCACACUGCAGGAUCCAGAGAGGGUUUCAGGAGCUCUGAUCAAUGUGGAAAAACACCUGGACAACCUGAAGGUCAAAGUCUGGAAGAAAAUGAUUGCUCCUGUGACUCUGGAUCCCAACACUGCACACCCAAAUCUCAUCCUGUCUGAGGAUCUGACCAGUGUGAGAUUAGUUAAAAAUAAUCCACAGAGGUUUGAUAAGUAUCAAUGUGUGCUGGGCUCUGAGGGCUUUAACUCAGGGACUCACUGCUGGGAUGUGGAGGUUGGAGAGAACACAGAGUGGAGUGUGGGUGUGAUGACAGAGUCUCUCCAGAGGAAGGGAUACUUCAUACACUGCAGGAGUGGACGCUGGUGUGUGGGGUAUUAUGGUGCUGAAUAUAAAGCACGUGCUACUCCUCAUGACCCCACUGACCUCACAGUGCAGCAGAAACUCCAGAGGAUCAGAGUGCAGCUGGACUGGGACAGAGGAGAGCUGUCAUUCUCUGACCCUGAUAAUAACACACACUUACACACUUUCACACACACUUUCACUGAGAGAGUGUUUCCGUACUUUAAUACUGCCUGUAGUCUCUCUCCACUGAGGAUCCUACCAGCGAGUCCUCAGUAAGAUCAGAGCAGCACUGAUGGAGCUGAAGGUGUCUCUGACUGGACUCUCAUGAGGCCAGUAGGUGUGAUUGUGGAGCUUUGCUGAAUAUAACACACUUAAACCAGGAGAUGUAUUGAUUCAUUAACACACCGAGUAUACUAAUGAUGACUGAGUAUACUAAUGAUGAGUAUAUUGAUGACCGAGUAUACUAUUGAUGAAUGAGUUACUAUUGAUGACCGAGUAUGCUAUUGAUGAAUGAGUAUACUAUUGAUGACCGAGUAUACUAUUGAAUGAACGAGUAUACUAAUGAUGGCUGAGUAUACUAAUGAUGAAUGUGGGUCAGAUUUGAACCCUGAAUGUGGUACAGAUGCAUUUGCUCCUCCCCCCAGACCGUGUCACUUCAGAACAGAGGAAUGCUCUGCCCUGAUUGGAUGCUGAAGGUAAAAGAGGGCGGGGCAGAGCAAGAUUGGAGCUGUAGUUUAACUCACAUAACUUUAUCUUUAAUGUAAAUGUAAAGUUAUUAAAUUGAUUGAUUACUUAAGCUACUUAUUUCAAAAU